GAAGGGAAGUGUAGGUUUGAUCAACUGAAAGCUUAUGCUACCUGCAUCGACUACAGGAUCCUGCCCAGUGAAGAUGAGCAUUAUCUGCAGUAUAUUGUGGGCUCAAUCGGACCUGUUUCUGUAGUCAUAGACAUCAGCCGUCACACUUUCCAGCUCUAUGAGUCAGGUGUGUAUGAUGAUCAGUACUGCAGUAGUGCUCACCUGAAUCACGCUGUCCUGGUUGUUGGUUAUGGCACUGAAGGCAUCGGACAGGAAUACUGGCUGGUCAAGAACAGCUGGGGUGUUACCUGGGGUGAAGGAGGCUACAUUAAGAUGUCCAGGAACAAGAAAAACCAGUGUGGUAUUGCCACAAAUGCUGUCUACCCUGUGGUUUAAAGAUGGGAGAAUAUCAGAGCCCUGAUGAGUAUCUUACAUCUGAGCAGCAGCUAUUCAACAUCAACACAUCAUGAGCACAUGACAGAUUACAGCAGUUCUUUAAAAAACUGUCUACAGUUGCUGAAUGUCUUUUUUUAACGUUUAUUUCUUUUCCAAGUUUCAACUUUUAAUUUGAAAUCUUUUCAAACUCUCUUCUAAAUCAUUUAUGAUAUUGUGCAAAGAAAAAAAUAAAAAAAGUAAC